GCGCACUGAUUGACAUCAACUCAAAAUACAAAAUAAUGAUUAAUACCAAUUAAAUACUAUUCAAUAAUGGAAUCAGAUAAUAAUAUUAGUGAUGCUAAACAGCUGGACAGUCAAAGCAUUUGGGAUCUUUUCGAGACACCAAAAAAUGAUAGUAUGGAGGUAGAUAUAGAUCAACUUGAAAAGGAUGAUGGAGAUAGAGAAUUGGAAAGUCUUUUCAAUGAUAUUGAUAAAAUCAAUUUACAUUUAGACCCAAGUUUAAUAACAGAGAACUUUAGGGAUCCAUCAUUUAGUAAACCCUAUGAAUUAUCAAUAAAUCAAUUAUUCAAGUACAUUGAAGAUCAAAAAGGCGAUUUUUUAAACAUUACUGAGAACUCAUUGAAAGCUGAUAUUGAAAAUGAUAAGAUUAAAAAUGAGAGUCUUUCUCAGAUAUACAAUGAAUCUGGAAGGUUUAAUUUAUAUGGAAAAGAAUAUCCGAGUUUGAACGAUAAUCAUCAAGCAGAAGUAAAUAAUGGAAAUAAAGAAAAUAAUAGCGGUAAUAAUACUACUGAUCAGAUUAUCAGUAGACAGUUAAAAAUCAGAGAGUUUUACAAGUCAAAGGGUGAAAUAAUAAACAAUGUUAAUACAGCUUUGAAUGAGUCUGCUUAUUUAUUGGAUUUUUUAUCGUUGUUGAAUUCUUCAACCCGAGAUAAUGCAAAAAAUUCGAUAUCUUCUCAUAUAAAACAAUCCAUUCCACUAAAAUCAUUAAAUUGCGAUUUUAUCGAAAACAACACUACUUCGUUUAUAAAUAAUAUUGAAUCUUUUAAUGUUCACAAUUUGAAACUUUUGAGAAGUUGGAAAUUGGAAUCAAUUACAAAGUGCUCAAACAUUUUCCAAGAUUCUUUUAAGAAAUUAUCUAAUGAAAUAGAUCAGGAAAAUUUAUAUUGGAAUAAUUUGCUACGAAUUUCAAAUUUAAACAAUAAUGAAAACAAUAAUAAUUAUAAUGAAGUGCUAUUUAAAUCAACCUAUCCUCAAUUUAACUUGAAAACAUUUUCAAUUAAUUAUGGUUUUAGAGAUUCUGGAUCAAAUUAUAAUAUUAAUAAAGGGUUUGGAUUUUUGAAUAAGAUCAAUUCAAAAAAUCAAAAAAUUAAAUUCGAGCCUUACACUAACGAUUCAUCAAUCAAAUCUUAUGUCAAGGUGACUAUAUUAACCAAAUUAAAUAGUGAAUUUAUUGUUAUAAGUGAAUCUUCAAUACCUGAUCAUUUACUUUAUGAUUAUAAAAAAUACAGUAUUAAGAAUGACAAAAAUAAUAAAAUUGAUAAUGUUGAAAAUAAAGAUAUUAAACUUGUUAAAAACCAAAUCAAUGAAGCCAGACUAAAAUUAUUUGAUGAAGAAUUGUUUUAUCAAUUAACCAAAGAAAUAAAGGAUUUAAUCCCCUAUAAUGGCAAAAUACUAUCAAAUAAUAAAAUUAUAAUUGACUUAAGUGAGGACUUUAUAAUUGAAAUCGAUUACAUAAGUAAAAAUAAAGAAGAUUUUGAGAACGAGUUGAAAAUUUCAUCAGAAAAUAAUGAAAACAGUAAAAGUAAGAAAAUUCAGAACACAAAUGCAAUUAUGAAUGACACGAUCAAUGGACUUGCUUUGAAUAGUGAAAAAGAACCCCAAAAUGGGAUAUACAAUGAAUUAAAUGAUAAAUUGAAGCAGUUAGUUGGAGAUAAUCAAAACAAAAUUGAUUCGGAGACUAAAUUAUAUGACAAGAAACAGAAUUUGAAUUCAAAUAUAUUAAAAAUCAAAAAAGAAAUUGACCAAAGUGAAAAAUUCAGCAUCAAAUCUCCCAACAAUACACCAUCGCCGACAUCAACCGAAGAAAUUAAGAAUUUUGUUCAGAAUAAUAAGAAAGCUGAUUAUAUUUUAAGCUUUUUAAAAUUAAUGUUAUCUUAUCAUCAUAAACUGAAUUUAAAGUAUAAGAAAAACAAGUAUCCAAUAAUAUUGAAUUCAAUUCACAAUUUUAGGAAAAAUAUUGAUAAACCUUUAUUAUUGAAGCCAUUAAUUGGUAAUAUCAAACAUGAAAGAAAUUUAAAUGAAUUAGUGGGUAUAUUGGUGGAAACUUUUCACCAAGUAGGAAUAUCUAAUUUCAAAAUCUAUGAUUACAACAAAAGUCAAGUAAUAAAUUAUGAAGAAAACUUCAUUCAAAUUAUUAACUCAUUAAAUUUUAAUAACAUAAGAAGUAAAAUGUUAAUAAACAACUAUCAAAAUGGGAAUGAUAAAUAUGACAAUGCUUUCAGCAAUAUCACCAGGCCAGCCAGGACCGAAAUAAUAACCAAUUUCAAUACAAAACUAGUAAUAAAGCUCGUUUUAUCAUCUUCGUCAACAUUCUGCGAUCUAAUUAUCAAUUUAAGAGUAGAAGGAAAAUCUCUGAACAGCAAAAAUAAAGACACAAAAGAAUUAAAAAUUCAAAGUGCCAAUCACAAGAUAUUGGAGUCAGAAUUUUCAGACUUUUACGAAAUCAAGAAGUGCCUAGAGUGGGUUGUUGAUCAGUAUUACGCGUAACAUAUGUAACAUAUAUAGCUUCAUAGACACAGCAGUCAAUAUAACCAUUUUGCUAUUGAUAAAAGCAUAAUAGAAACAUUUCCGUUCUGCUUAUCUAAC